AUGGUUCCACUCUUUGAAUCAUACAAGAAGAUCCACGGCACAUCUUGUUUGCCUUUUUCACCCCCACCCAAUUGGGCUUGCCACGGAGCCCACCCCCAAAACGCCAAACCUGUUCGACGCCUCCGCCUCCCGUCUCCAGAUGCUUGCGAGGGCCAUGGCCGCGGCUUGCUCGCCCCGCCGCCUCCGGCCACGGGCGGCGCCGACCAACCUCGUCGGCAACGCCCUCAAUCUCCGAGCAGCCGCCGCCGCCGCCGCCGCACGUGCCGAGGGAGCGGAGGGGACGCGCGUCGAGCUCGUGUGCUUCAUCGACCCCGACGCCCCGCCCCCUCGGACGUAACAUCUCCCGAUUCCGUAGGUUUUAAGCAACCAACACCGGGAAUGAUGCUUAAUCAACUGCAUCUUUGCUUUGUCGCAGCUCAGUUCGUGAGGACUCAAAUCAUCGAGCUCGGUUUGGUUAAUUGGUUUGGUUGAACCUGUAGUAAUAUAUUCUCUUCUUUAUUUGGCGAGAACUUUGCCAAUAUUCCUCCCAUUGUAUUAGUGCACUGAACUUAGUUAGCGAUGGCAUGCAUUAUUAUUAUUGAAUUAAGUUAACAUUCUCCA